AUGGGUAGUUGUUUCUCGACGACUAACGAUGAUGACACACCGGAGAUUCAGAACUACUCGUCUUUCACGAACUUCUCUCUCUCCGAUCUUAAGACGGCGACCAAGAACUUCAGUUCCGAUGUGAUCAUAUCAGAGAAGGCAGAGGAUUGCUCCAACGUCGUCUACAAGGGUCGUUUCGCACAGAAUCUUGGCUUCGUCGCUGUAAAGAGAUUCAAGAAUAUGCCUUUGGUUGAUCGUGGCUACUUCACGGGAGACGCAAAAGAAGUUGGGGAACUGAAACACAAGAGACUCGUCAAGUUGAUGGGAUGUUGCUGCGAUGAAGAUGGUGAACUGCUUCUUGUUUCAGAGUUCAUGCCUAAUGCUACCCUUUCUCAGCGUUUGUUCCAUCAGAAAAAAAAACCCAUGGAAUGGUCAAUGAGGUUGCGAGUGGCGUAUCAUAUAGCCGAAGCAUUAGAUUACUGUAGCACUGCAGGUUUUGUAAAGUACAGUAACUUAAGUGCUUCCACAAUUCUGUUUGACUCGGAUGGUGGUGCCUGUCUUUCGAGUUUCGGUUUACUGAGGGAGAUCAUCGGUUAUAAUCGAAGAGAAGAAGGAAGCGUGAACCCUGGCAACGUGACAUACAGAUUUGGUAUUAUCCUUUUGAAUCUGCUAACUGGAGUGAAAAUUCCUCCAAGCCAUGCUCCUGAGGUAAUAAGAGGAAUGAGUGUUACUCACCUGAUGGAUACAAAUCUGAUCGGAAAGUACUCUGACGAGGAAGCAACUAUAGUCUUAAAAAUCGCAUCUAAAUGUUUGCAAUGCACUGAUGCAAACAAAAGUCUAAUCACGAAAGAGCUUGUUGCAGCACUUGAAGCCUUGCAUACUAAAAGACAAAUUCUAUCUAUUCAAAUACUUGAAAUGAUAAAGCAGGAUGAGGUGGGAGCAUCUUCUAGUCAAGGACAAGAGGUUGAACCCUUGGAAGAAGUCUCAUCUUCUGAACUCUCAAGCCUAGGACAAGCCUGUCAGAAACUUGACCUAGUUGCCCUUCAUAAUGUCUUGAAACAGCCAGAGUAUGCAGCUGUGUAUUCUAACAAGUUGUCUUUCGCUGGAUGGUUACAAGAGACGAGUGGUAUAGAUGAUGUUGACGAACAACAAGCCGAUCUUGAAUUCAUAAGCCAAAACCAUAUCUCCACAAUCGAUAAGUAUACUGAGAUCAUUGAAACUAGAAAAAAAGUGUCCGUGAAUGUUUUCGCAAGACGCUGCUUCAGCCACAUAAAGCGUAAUCAGGUGGUAGCAGCAGUGGUUGAUGCUAUGAGAGCACAAUCAGAGUUCCCUGAGUCGCCUAUUGGUUUCUACUUGCCCUCACUGAUACUAGCCAGAAUCGGCAGCAACACUAGAUCUGCUCGUGUCUUCAAACAAGCGACUCAAAUCGAAGCAGAGUUAGGGAGAAGCAUGGUUAUGGCUCCAUCUUCUGCAAUGCUUGAAUCAACAAAGCAGCAGCAGCAGGAGGCAUCAUCAUCAUCGAUCUGCUAA